AUGGCUGCUCCUCAACCCGGGUCAUCGAGCGCAGCCUCGCCCAAACCCCUUGUUGCCUCACUAUCUGCCGCGUUGUUGCGCCGAGAAGCUAAAUCAGCCCGUCGGAGGCUGACCGUUUUACCCCGGACAGCUGUGGAUUUUUCUUCCAAUGACUUCCUGUCACUGUCAACGUCUCCUGCAUACCGAGAACGGUUUCUGGCACUUUUGAAUAAUAUAUCACCAUCAUUCCCUCUAGCCAGCGGAGGUUCUCGGCUACUAGAUGGGAAUUCGGCUUACGCGGAAGAGCUCGAGAACUUUGUCGCGGCAUUCCAUCAAGCCCCAACAGCACUUCUAUUCAACUCCGGAUAUGAUGCCAAUGUCGGCGUACUGUCCAGCAUUCCCCAGCCAGGUGAUGUGAUUUUGUACGACGAGCUCAUCCACGCCAGUGUUCAUGAGGGUAUGCGACUGUCGCGGGCCGGUCCGCGGAAGAUGUUUGCUCACAGUUCGCCAACUGGCUUGAAAGAGGCUCUGCAAUCUCAAAUAGCCGAAGACCCUGCAAUCGCAGAAGGCACGCGCAAUGUCUUCGUGGUCAUAGAGUCUAUCUACAGCAUGGACGGUGACGUUGCUCCUAUCAAGGAGUUUAUCGCGGUUGUUGAUGAGCUGCUACCUCACGGUAAUGGAUAUUUCUAUGUCGACGAAGCGCAUGCAACUGGUGUAUUUGGACCGCGGGGUGCUGGGGUGGUUCAGGAACUCGGCAUUCAGGAUCGCAUUUUCAUCCGAGUGCACACAUUCGGCAAGGCACUAGCGAGUCAUGGAGCCAUGGUUCUCUGUGGACCAGAGACAAGGGAUUACCUGAUCAACUACGCCCGGAGUCUGAUCUACACCACUGCUCUAGGAUUCCCAUUUCUGGCAUCGAUUCGCGCGGCAUAUGAGCUCUUAUCAUCCGGUGAAACUGAAUCAUUACAAUGCCGGCUUCAGGAGUUGAUCCGCCAUCUCCGACAGCGGCUUGACGGCCUCCGUACACAUCAAUCGGUCAUGUUCGAAGUCGACCAUUUCCCCACGUCUCCCAUCAUCUCCCUUCGCACAUCGCAGCCACGACAACUGGCGAGUCGCUGCCAGGAAAACGGAUUCAUUGUGCGAGCGAUUAUGCCACCGACGAUACCCGAGGGAAGGGAACGGGUGCGCGUGUGUUUACAUGCGGGAAACACCGAGAGUGAGAUCGAUGGUUUGACGCGAAUGAUCCAGUCGUGGCUCGAUCAAAGUUAUAGAAAUGCGUCAAAAUUAUGA